UUGCCGUCCGCCAUUUUGUCCAGUGCGAAAGAGUUGAGGGUGGUUAACGGCUCAGGCCUUGGCGGGAAAGAAGGCGAGGCCGAGCGCGCUUUAAGGGGCCGAAGGACAAAGCGAAAAAGACGACGAAGGAGAAAAAAAAGGCAGCGGUAGUUUCGUGAGAGGCCCUUGGCGCUCCUAGCCCGGCAGCCGAGAUGCAUCGUGACUCGUGUCCACUGGACUGCAAGGUUUAUGUAGGCAACCUUGGGAACAAUGGCAACAAAACUGAACUGGAACGGGCUUUUGGCUACUAUGGACCAUUGCGAAGUGUAUGGGUGGCUAGGAAUCCUCCUGGCUUUGCUUUCGUUGAAUUUGAAGACCCACGUGAUGCAGCUGAUGCCGUGAGAGAGCUAGAUGGGAGAACACUUUGUGGGUGUCGUGUCAGAGUGGAGCUGUCCAAUGGUGAAAAACGUAGUCGAAACCGUGGUCCUCCCCCCUCGUGGGGUAGACGUCCUCGAGAUGACUAUCGCAGGAGAAGUCCUCCACCUCGCCGCAGAUCUCCACGAAGGAGAAGUUUCUCCCGUAGCCGCAGCAGGUCCCUUUCAAGAGAUCGGAGGAGAGAGCGAUCACUGUCAAGGGAGAGAAAUCAUAAGCCUUCCCGUUCGUUUUCCAGAUCUCGUAGCCGCUCCAGGUCAAAUGACAGGAAGUAAGACAACAGGAAGAGACUUGUACAGGAAGUCACAUUCAAUCUGAAGAGAGGAGUAUGUACAGAACAUUGUUUUCUUUAAGACUUCAUGAGCUUGGUGCAUUUUUAAGAUGUUUUAGCUGUCAAAUUCUGUUUUUCUUGUCUCUUGUAACCGGUGACAAAUGUAAGUUGUGAAUCUGUAUAUGGUUCUAAGCAGGUCACAUGAAGUGUAAUAAAACUUGUUAUUUUACAGUGUACCCUUAGGCAUAACUUUGAUUUGCAUUGAUGUUAUUAAAUCACCUUGCAUAGACCUACCAAAUAAAACCUCAAAAGCCAUGCAGUGACAAAUGUUCUUAAAUCUUUUAGACUGGUUUGGCAUCUUCACAGGAUUUAAACUUGGAAAGAAAUUUUGCAACACCUGAACUACUAAUCAUGAGCAUUUGUCACAAUCACAGCUGAGCAAUCUAUGCAGAGUGGGACCCAGAGGUUUAAUUAGUUUGCCAGAGUAGUGGACAGGUAUAUGCCAAUAGCACGCAAAGUGACUUGAAAGCCUUGUAGUUAGAUUUUCUAAAAAAUGUUUUACAAUCCUGAUUUUAUACCAGCUUAGUCAGAGCUGUCUUCUAUUCUGUAAAGUGUAGAUUAAGUUUUGUACUUUUGUGUGGAGGGCUGCUUUAACUUUAAAAUGUUAAUGAACUGUUGCUCAGACCAAAAUAAGAACAAAUGACUGGGUAAAGGUAGAUGCAUAAGGGUACAUUGUAGAUGCAAAAAACAUCCUUUUUGUGCAUAAGUUGUCAUGUCACUGUAAACUCUUGGAGAUCUUUGGAUUAAAGUUUUGGUUACAAAUCGUUCUAAGUACUUUUAUAUCUGACAAAUAUAAACACUUAGGUGAGCUUUAGCUCUGUUGCUGUGACCACUUUGAAGCUAUAGUUUUACUGUUUCUGUAUUUGGAUAGUCAUCUGCUAGGAGACUGCAGUUUGCCCUCCACAUUCACUGGAACAUAGGUCUCCAGUGAAGGUGAAAAACCACAAAUAAAGAAAUUGGGCUUUUUAUCUGAAGAAAAGCACACCUCUAGAAAUUCUAGAUCUAGCAUGACCGGUUAACUUCCAUUAGAAACCGAACAUAGACCCAUAUUGGAGGAUCUGGAAAUUCAAAUCCACAAAAGUCAAAACAGAAAGUGUGGAGGGAGGACUGCAUUUGUAUUUAAGUGGCCGUGGACAUAGAGCUUCUAUUGAUCUGUGUCUGAUGUGAAGGGAAUUUCCUUGCUCUUGAUCACCCUGUUAAAAUGUUACUAUCACACAAGCUACAGUAGUGGUUGUCUUAGCAUGCUUACAUCUAGAUGAGCAUUCAUUUCAGUCAAGAAGCACUCAGACUUGUACGCCAAAAGCAAACAUUUUACGUAAUUGAGUUAAAACACCAAGCUUUGCUUUCUAACGUCCACAAAGCUGUCAAACAUUAAAUGUUGCAUGUAGUGUUUAACCACAACAGAAGCCAUUUGUGGCAUGUGACUAUUAUGCCAAAAUGUCCAUCAAUCUUGUACUCCAGAAAAAGACUGCUUUUGUACGUUUGGAUUAAAUUCAUACAUGAUCAUCCAAAGCCUGAACUUUAUAGAGUUCUGAUAAACAGAAGAAUUUCAACUGGGAAAUGGCAACUCUUCAUUAAAGAUUUGUAUUGUGGA